CAAUUGCCUCUUGACUUAAAACAGUUAACACUUUUACACCUACAACAUGAAUAUCAUCCUUGAGUUUUUCUCAACUUUGGUUGUGAUUAUAGUGCUAUCUUGGUGGUACUUCUUCUUGAAAAAUUACAAAGUUGGUAAAUUUUUCAAAAACGUCUCCGGCCCUCCUGGUGUUCCACUACUAGGCAAUGCGCUCGACUUCAAAGAUAAAACCAAAGGCGCUUUGCCUGUUUUUUUCAAUUAUAAGAAAAAUUACGGCGGAGUUGUUAAAAUUCAAAUCGGACCGUUCCGAAAAUUGCUCCUAAUCUCUGAUUAUAAAUUUCUGGAAUUUGUCUUAAGUUCAACGAGAAUCAUCAAUAAAUCACAGAAUUAUAAAACUAUGUUGCCGUGGCUAGGGACUGGGUUACUCACAAGCGAAGGAAUUAAAUGGAAAAAACACAGAAGAAUUAUUACACCCACGUUUCAUUUUAAAAUUCUUGAGCAAUUUAACAAUUCCUUCGACGCUGCUGGUGAUGUUAUGAUCAACAAACUUAGGAAAAAAGUGGGGUGUGAGAGUGUCGAUAUUUACCCUAUUGUCACACUUUGUGCUUUAGAUAUCAUUUGUGAAACUGCAAUGGGUACUACUAUAAACGCCCAAGACAACGAAGAAUCGGAAUAUGUUAAAAGUGUCAAGGAAAUGGGUCGAAUUAUCAUGGAACGUGCAAUUUCUCCACAAAAAAGUAACGAAUUUUUGUUCCGUUUCACUAAAGACUACCAACUUCAGAAGAAGGCCUUGAAAGUCUUGCACAAUUACACAAAUAAUGUGAUCAGAAAGCGACGAGAAGAACUCUUGAAAGACCAAACAUCGAAAGUUAGUGAAAAUGUUAUCGACAUAGGGAUUAAGAAGAAAAUGGCAUUUUUGGACCUACUUUUGCAAGCUACUGUCGACGGAAGGCCUCUAACUAACGAAGAAAUAAGAGAAGAAGUUGACACUUUCAUGUUUGAGGGACAUGACACGACGGCUUCAGGCAUAAGUUUUGCACUGUAUUGUUUAGCCAAUAGUCCUGAAGCUCAAGAAAAAGCAUACGAGGAACAAGUGGCACUUUUUGGUAAGGAGAAGAACCCUAAUGUGGGCUACUCCGACUUGCAGGAGAUGAAGUAUUUGGAGCUUGUGAUUAAAGAAGCGCUUCGUUUGUAUCCCUCGGUACCUUUCUAUGCCAGAGAAACCAACCAAGAAGUCGAAUUUGGUGAUACGAAAAUCCCGAAAGGUGUUAAUAUCAUGAUUUUCGCUUAUGGCAUUCACCGAGAUCCUAAGUAUUUUCCUGAGCCGGACAAAUUUGAUCCUAGCAGAUUUGAAACGAUCGAUGGCAAAUUGCCUUAUGCUUACGUACCCUUCAGUGCUGGCCCUAGAAAUUGCAUAGGGCAAAAGUUUGCAAUGUUGGAGAUGAAAAGUACAAUUUCCAAAGUGUUGAGGAACUUUAAACUGUGUCCAGCGACACCUCAUCAUACGUUGGAUCUUGUGGCAGAAACUGUACUUAAAUCUGAUAAUGGGGUUCGACUCGCGCUGAUGGAAAGGCAAUAACAUAUUGUUAUGUCUGUUAAUUAUCAGUAUCUAAUUUUUGUAUAUUUUGUUAUUGUUUUAAUAAAUAAACUUAUUAUUUAAAA